AUGCUUCGUGGAAUCCGAAAAAAGGCGUCGAUCCUUUCGAUCUCGUCGACUGGACUGACUGCUUCGUCUAGUAACGAGAAGUCGGCCAACUAUACCAAAGUUUUGAAGCAAGUGCAUGACUUUGAGAUCGCACUUGAGGCCAUGGAUUUGUUGCUAGAUGAUCGGAACCAAGAGGGUGUCGAUUUAUUGACGAGGGAGAAGAAAAAUAGUCUUGCGUCCACCAAAGACCCGGCAGCGAUCUUUUCGUUGGCGCUUGGAUUGAUGGAAUUCAUUGAGGCCACGCUAGGGUUCGAGACUGAGGUGAUGACGAAAGCUCAUAAAACACUCUCGGAUGCAGAGGAGGCGUCAUUAGCACACUCGAAGUUCAACCAGAAGAAUCUGCUAGCAACCAGUCACAUCUACCCUCCGGGAACUGAAUUUCAGGUGACUUACGCCGAGCUGACGUUGCUCAAUGCUCUCGUGAUGCUCUUGAGAGAAGAUAACGGUAUGAUGGAGCAGGCCAAAGCGCUUUUCAAGUUGCGGAGAGCUUACCAGAUCUUAGAUUCUACGUAUAAAAAGAUCAAGGAUUCCGAAGGUCUUUUCAAUCGGAAUUUGGCCAAGUUUCGCAAGGAGGCCAUUCAUGCGUCAGUGAGUUCAGUGGACUUGCCAGGUUACUCAAUACCUCCUGUGGGAGAGUCCAAUACUUCGUUACCUGAGGAUAUUCAGCUCAUGAAGAACUUGGAGCAGGUCUACCAAAUGCGGAAGAAGCGUGUCGAAGGCACUUCGUUGGGUCCACAUGCGUCACAGGUUAACCUUUUUAAGUCUGAGAGCACACUGUCGGUUGCACUUUCUUCAAAAACAAGCUUACCGUUCAUUGAGCGGAUUUCGACGCCUGUGGGCAGAACAAGCUCUCCUAACCCGCAAAGUUCGUCCAACGCAGCGUUUUUGCAAGUAUCAGUCAAGUCAAAUCGCAGUGAUGCAAAGAAUUCGAAUGAGAGCGACGAAAAGAAUUCGAACGAGAGCGAUGAGAGCGACGAUGAUGACUUCUCUGAUGCUUGCGACGACUUACCUUCUGGCAUUCCUCGAAUUCAGGUUCCCCAGUUUGACCGUCCGCCUCGCCCAGGCUCCGCAACUCCAAGUCUUCACCAUUAUCCAGAGUCGAUUGUCUCUUUAGCCACCUCUUCCAGCUCUCUCAACUCGGGAAACGACACGCAUUUACACGUCUCGACAAUUGACGAGUUCAUCCACUCUGGUGUACAAUUGUGUUUUGGAAUUUUACAGGUAGUCUUGUCGUUAAUUCCACCAACAAUUGGAAAGGUCUUGUCUAUUGUGGGAUUUAAAGGGAAUAGAGACAUUGGACUCCGAAUGCUUUGGAGAACCGCAAUUACUGCUAGAAACAUCCACGGCGACCUCGCAUUAUUAUGUCUUUUGGUGUUUUACGACGGCCCUGUCCAGUUCAUCGAUGUUGGAUUCCAACUUCCAGGCCACGAAGAUAGCAAUGUUAAGAACGCGUUGAAUUUGAUUGGAAGAUCCACAGUGUCCGAUUCCGAACUCACCGUUAUCAUCAAAAAUCCCAAUCUCUACACACCCCAGCUUUUAGCUAGGGCCAGAUCAAUUUUCCCACACAAUGCAUUAUGGUUACUUCAAGAGGGACGCAUGCAUGCAGCCCAAGGUAACAUCCACGAGUCUCUUGCACUCAUGCAGAAUUUUACUGACGAUCCUGACACAACUAUACAUAUGGAACAGGUGGAGGCGUUGCUCACUUACGAUAGAGCCACCAUGUAUGCCUUCAUUCACGAAUACGACAAGGCAGCCAGAGACUUUAUUCGCAUGACUGAAAUUAGUUCAUGGUCUCAGGCAGUUUAUUUGUUCAUGGCAGGAUCAUGUUUCCUCGAGAAAUGGAGAAUGAUCCAGAUGGGCGAAAUCCCAUUCGAUGACGAUGCGACCAGGAACAAGAGCCUCGAGGAGCUGGCAGAAAAAGCUGAUAAGUACUUGAAAUUAGCACCUACCUAUGUUCCAGGCGUCGGUGUCAACGCAUCAAAGAAAAGAGGUGGAAUCGGAGGAUCCAACAAGCAGAUGCCAUUCGACAAAUUUGUUCUUCGUAAAACCAAACAUAUUGAAGAACGUCACCGUAAGUAUCCAGAGUUACUGUACAUCGAAUGUGUUGGUACUUCGUUGAUUCACGAGCUCGUGUAUUUCUGGAACGGAUAUAACAGAAUGAAACCCGAGGACUUAGAAUUGCUGCACCGGAUGCUAGAAUUCUCCAAUAGUCCAUACGCAAAGUUUCCUGAGACCCAAGAUGAGGCCAUGAUCAGACACUUUUUCCAGAGUUUAGCGCUUCGCCAGCUUGGAAAACCCGCAGAAGGAGUGACUUUCUUGGACUCAGAGGUUAUUUCCAAGUACGUGACUCAAGAUUCCGCCAAUGCUCCUUUCAAAUUCACUAAAAUGACGUACUCGCCAUACUUGUAUCCAACGGCGCUCUACGAGAGAGCCAUGUUCACUUGGAUGUUGAAGGUUCAAAGUAAUGCCCACCUGGCUAUUCUGGAGGCGGUCACAUGGCUUGAAAAGGCCGAGAAUGUUUCCGAUCAAGGCGACUAUGAAUUGAGUAACCGUACCAGUAUGCGGAUCAAGGCAGCCACGGAGCGGCUAGAGCAGCUAAGAAGUGAAGUUUGA